GAAUUAUACAAAAAGUAGAAAUAAUAAAUGAAGAAAUACUACAAAUAGAAGUAGUAGAAAAUGAAGUUAUACGAGAGAUCCCUAUAAAGCAAAAAGAGUAUGCUAAACUAAAAUAUAAGAGAUCAUUAUAUACUGGAAUAUCAAGAAUGACCAUCUGGAGAAAAAAACAAAAAGCUGAUACAUUAUUAAAUAUAGAAGCAUCAUCCGAUUUGUCUCACCUGUUUCCAGCUGUUAAUAUUAUAAAACGAUUACAAUUAUUACAACCACUUUCAGCAACACUGUUAGCCAACACUUUAUCAUUAGUAUCAUGA